AAUUCAAGAUCAGUCGGCAGAAAGCUGCCAAAUGACAUCUGGCUUUCAAGCGCUCAGCGGCCCAUACUGACUUGGUGCCACGCAGCGGCGCUGUUGUCAACACCUCCGCUACUUCUGCUGUUUUCCUUCAGUGUGAGCUGCUUGUGUGGGAGUGAGAAAUGCGCUGGAGCUAUCUCUUGAAACCGAUGGUUUGAUGACGGCAGGCUUUUGUUGUUCAGACACUCAGCCAGGUGCUUCGGGCUGUAGGGGCUCCUCUCAACGAAGAAUGAACAAAGAAUCCGGACUUGUGUUCCUGCACGGAUAGCGCAGAAUUCCAACCCAAAAAGACGAUAUUGACAUGAAGAAAGACAUUGAGACAUUAAUUGCUGAGGAAAGAGCUGACAUCAUUUUAAAAUAUGCCACGGGCAGACAGGGUGGGGUCGAGAUUGACCCCUGGGAAGAUGCUGACUACAACCUCUAUAAAGUUAUUGAUCGCCUCGGGUUCAUGCAUGAAAGUGAGCUGCCUGCACCAACUGCAAAUGAAGAAAAGCUGAAACAUCUCGAGGUAGAGAGAGCAGAAAAAUGGCUGAAGAUGGUGAAGAAGUGGGAUAAAUACAAAAACAGUGAUAGAAUGGUGAAACGGGUCUACAAAGGCAUCCCUGUCCAGCUUCGAGGUCGUGUCUGGUCUCUGCUGUUGGAUGUGGAGAACACUAAGAAGGUCAACGAGGGCAAAUAUGAGAAAAUGAAGGAACAAGCCAAACUCUACUCAUCUGAGAUUAAACAGAUUGACCUCGACAUUAACAGGACCUUCCGCAAUCACGUCAUGUUCAUGGACCGCUUUGGAGUCAAACAGCAGUCUCUCUUCAAUGUUCUGUCGGCGUAUUCAGCCUACAACACAGAAGUGAGUUAUUGCCAGGGCAUGAGUCAGAUCGCUGCAUUGCUGCUCAUGUACAUGAAUGAAGAAGAUGCCUUCUGGGCUCUGUCACAACUGCUGACCAACCAGAAACACGCCAUGCAUGGAUUUUUUGUUCCGGGGUUCCCCAAACUUCAGAGAUUCCAGGCACAUCAUGAUCAGAUCAUUUCCAAACUCAUUCCCAAACUAAAGAAACAUAUGGACAAAGAACAGAUGUCGACAGGCAUUUACAGUACUAAAUGGUUCUUACAAUGUUUCAUUGACAGGACCCCGUUUACUUUGACCCUUCGCCUCUGGGACGUUUUCAUUCUGGAGGGAGAGAGGCUCCUCACUGCCAUGUCCUACGCCAUCUUGAAGCUACACAAGAAGCGUCUCUUGAAGAUGUCCUUGGAGGAGCUUCGAGAGUUCCUGCUGGAGCGCAUUGCUGAGACGUUUUUUUACAGUGACGACAUGGUCAUUGAACAGCUCCAGGCCUCUAUGACUGAACUACGAAAGAUGAAGCUGGAUCUUCCUCCUCCAGGUAAGCCUGAAGAGUUGCCACGGAAGCCUUUGGGCCAGGAGCUUCCAGUGCUGCUGACUCCACUGGCGCCAUCCAGAGGAAAGCUCCCCACGGCCAGAGGUUGUCCCAAAGCAGGACUCAGCUUGCACAUCAUAUCCAACCAGCCAGAUUCCAUAUCCCCAGACGAGAGCCCUACCAAAGACAUCAAUGAUCUCCAUCCUGUUGACCAUGAGGAGGUCCCUCUUCCUUCCCCUGAUCCUAUUAUCAUCCAUAACCAGGCCCUGUACACUUCAGAUGACUUCCCACUUACGGGACCACCACCUUACCAGCCCCCAGAGAGUCAAGCAACCGGAACUGCUGAUCGGCUCUCACGGUCUUAUGAGUGGAAGAUUGAGGAGCAAGCUGACCGCUCAGGACUCGCAAAUAUACACUUGACAGACAACCUCACCCCUGCGACAAUUAGCACUGAGGGAUCAUCCAACAGGGUCCUAAGGACUCUAUCGGCCCCCAUAUUUUCUGCUCACUCGGAAAGUGAAACGGCAGCAGAGAUAGCGGAGGGUAGUUCCCUAGUCCAACUGUCGUAUUCUCUGUCCUCCAUUAGGUCCCUGAGCCAGGACCAGGCCUGAACACUUGAUAAUGCCCGUUGUUUGUUCGAUAACCAGCUCAUAAUUGGUCCUCUCAAUGUACAUUCAAUUUUGACUGCCUUGUGCACAUGCUUUGCUCUGUGAAGAGGACAGCACAAGGUACAUUUGCACCACAGUCUGCGGUGUUGUUCCGAGUAAAGUAUCAACACAACUUUA